UUCCCAAAUUUCCCCCCUAAAACCCAAAAACGAAAAAAACCCCAAAUUUCCCCCCAAAUUUUUUCUUAGUUCUCUCAUCCAAAAGCACAAAUUUUGAAGACCAAAUGGCAACAAUUUCAGCAUUUUCAACUCCUUUGCAUUUAAUCUCCAAAACCCAAUUUAAAUCUCCCAAAAACCUCUUCUUUUAUCCAAAUUCUAUCCAUUUUCAGACCAAAGUUUCCACCUUUUCUUCCAACAACUUAACCUUAUCCUUCAAAAAUAGCAAAACUCUUUACGGUACUUGGAAACUCAAGUCUGCAGAAGAAGAAGAAACAACUGUUGUUGAACAAGAACGAGAAGAAACAACUGUCGCCGAACAAGAGUCUGUUUCUGUUCCUGUUUCUCCUUCAGACACUCUCAGAAUGUACUUCCAGGCAGAUGGAAUGUUGAAUGAAGCUGAAAUUCUGAAGGUGACCAAGGCAUUAGAGGUUUCCGUCGAUAUUCUUUAUUGCAGAGAGAAAUAUUCUAAUGGAAUGGUUAUUUCAUCGGCACUGAUAAUAUGGAAAGGAUUGAUUUGCAUUAUUGGGAGCGAGUCGCCGGUGGUGGUUGUGCUAUCUGGGAGUAUGGAACCCGGUUUCAAAUGAGAGACGCUAAUCUUUACGAUGACAGAAUGUUGUACACAUCUAGUAAUUGUUGGCUGCAACAAAAAUACAUCAUGGGCAGAGCUGUUGGGUAAAUCAAACACCUAUAUAUUUCUCAAAGUGUUAACAAGUUCUAGAAGUGAAAACAUUUGUAAAACACUCUGAUUAGGAGUUUCUUGCAUCACCAUUUGUGCUGUAUGCUUUGAGUUUCAAGUUUAUCACACUUCAAUUGUAAAAUUACUCUUCUGUUUUAUUAUUUAUUGUAUUUUUAAUUGUAUA